AUGGACAACAUGGACGACCCGCGGGACGUUCAAACUUCCAAGCGGAACGGGAGCUCCAGGUCGUUAUUAUCGGCCGGUUCCGCGGUGGCUAUGGAGAUUAAACGGAAAAAAAUACGACAGAGCACAUUGUUUCUGCAAACAGAGAACACUAACUUGCAAGAAAAGCUGGACUUCGAGGUGCGGAUGCGAGAGGGAGCCUAUAAGCUGCUGCUUGCCUGCAGUAAGAGAGAACAGGUUCUUAAUGCCUCCAAGAACCUACUGACCUGCAACACCAGGAUCAAGGCUUAUUUCUCUCAACUGCAGAAGAAAAAAGAGGAGCAGGACAUGAUGGGAGCAGUGAGAAGAUUUUCAGAUCCAGUUUCAGAUGACCGUGUGCCCUGUAAUGGGACAGUUGCAGUUUCUGGGCUGCGUAUUCCUUUGAUGUGGAGGGAUUCAGACCACUUUAACAACAGAGGGAGCUCUCGUCGAGUGGCAGUAUUCUGUCUGAUGCAGAUUGGCUCCGAGGUGUUUGACACAGAGAUGGUGGUAGUUGACAGAUCGGUCACUGACAUUUGCUUUGAGGGAGUCACCAUCUUUAAAGAAGCAGUUCCUCAGUUUGAGCUGAGGGUGGAGCUGUGGAGCUGUGCCCUAGAGGAAGAGCUCACUUUGGUAAACACGCCAAAAAAGCUGGCCAAGAAGCUCCGCAACUCCUUUGGAAAGACUGCUGGAAAGAAGCUCUGCCCUCAGCUGGACACUCCAGACCCUGACACCUUCCUGCAGUACAACCCCAUACCCUCUGGAGCCAAGUACAGCCUGCUGGCCUACACUACUCUGUCUCUGCCCGAGGCUGAAGGCAGCUUUCAGUCUCACUCCCUCAUUGUCCUCCAAGACGCCGAGUGGUCAUCUUGGCUUCCACUUUAUGGCAACCUCUGCUGCCGGUUGGUGGCUCAGCCUGCCUGUAUGACACAGAGCAUGUUGACUGGCUACCUGAACCAGAGGCAUAAUGUGGAGGGGAUGAACCGCUGCUGCAGUCUUUACUGUGUCCUGAGCGCUGGCUUUUUGUCCUGUUACUUCACACCAGAAGAAAUUGAUGCUAAAGUGCAACCCACUCUCAACGUACCCAUCAAUAAGGACACUCGGAUCCGUGUGAUGGAGAAGGAGUCAGCAGGCCAGAAAUCCAGGAGCCUGUGCAUCAUCAACCCUUCACCAGAGGGAUCUCAGACUGUUGUCUUCACCACAGACACCAGGGAGGAACUGGAGGACUGGCUGGACGCACUCCACCAGCACCUCUAUGAUCAGAGCCAGUGGCUGCACUGCUGCAACCAGCUAAUGAAGAUCGAGGUCGCGUCACCACGGAAACCAUCACUCUUCCUCACCAAGCAGGCUGACUCUGUUUACAACGACCUCAGUAUAAAUUCACCUGGCAAGUUUGAGAGCAUCACUGAUAUUAUUCACAGCAAGAUAGAGGAGACAGAUGGCCACUUUCUAAUUGGUCACGAAGAGAAGGAGGCUCCUAAUUGGUCCACUCUGUUUGAUGGAUCCCAUUCAAUGGUAGUGCAGAAGAGUAUUCUGUCCCAGAGCAGAACCUCCACCCCUUGUUCAAGCCCCAACCCCAACACCAGCUCUACCUCCAUCGGCAACAAGAAGCGGCGUGCCCCUCCUCCUCCUUCUGACAGAGAGCCUUAUGCUCCUCCCACCCGUCCUGCCAGACCUCCCCUCCCUGCUUCUCUUCACCAUCCUGCUCCUCCUCCCUCUUACCAGGAGAAGGAGAACUCCAGCACUUGUGUUUCACGCCCAGCCACAAAGUCCAAAACUGGCAGACCAUCUCUGGAUGCCAAGUUUUCUGCCAUCAUCCAGCAGCUCCAGCGGAACAACAAUGGAGGAGCUGGGGCCCUCAGCCGCAAAAACGCUCCACUGGGUGUCCUCGAUGUACAACCACAAGGUCAGUCUCAGCCCUCUCUCCAGCAGCUGGAGUGCCAGAACCACCAGUCCCCUGAAACCACAGCUGAACAUGGCUUCGUCAGACCCAAUCACGGUCCUGUUCCUGCACCAAGGAGCAAACUGAGGAAGUCUUUCAGAGAUAGAAUGAACCUUAAAGCCUUGUGACCUUGACCUUCGACCAUAUUGGGAUUUAACCAACUAGCCAUAGAUAUCACAUCUGAUUGUAUCUCAAUUGCAAUACUGUGAUGAUAUUUUUUUUCCAGUGACUGUUUACGCAGUCCUUCUUCAUUUAAAAGAACAGUUUAUCAUUUUUGGGAAAUAUGCUUAUCUGCUUUCUUGCCAAGAUUCAGAUGAGUAGAUCAAAUACCACUCUCAUAUCUGUACGCCAAAUAUGAAGCUGUAGCCACGAGAUGGCAAGCUCAGCUUAGCAAAACACUUGGACACAGGGAGAAACACCUAGCCUGGCUCUGAUGAAGCAUAACAAAAUUUGCCUACCAGCACCUCCAAAGCUCAGUAAUUAACAUGAUAUAUCUUGUUUGCUUACUCUGUGCAAAAAAAAAAAAAUUACAAUUACAGUUUUCCAGAGGAUUACAUGCCAGACCAUUUCUUGGCUGAGAGCAGUGACUUCCAGUCUUCCAGUCUUGUCAUAACCAGAAGACUCUAACCCUCUAAUCCCCCCAAGUAAGUCACUGCUCCCAGCCAAAAAAAAAGGUAUUGUACAUAAUCCCCUUUAAACCACAAUGUAUAAUUUUAACACUUUGUUGUUGUACAGAUUACAAAAACAGACAAGAUAUAACUUGUUAAUUAGUGAGCUUCAGAGGAGCUGGUAGGCAGAUGUGGUUACAUUUUAACAGCCUAGCUGUUUCUCCCUGCUUUCAGUCCUUGUGCUAAGGUAAGCUAACCAUGUCCUGGCUCCAGCCUCUUAUUGAGCAGAUAUGAAAGUGGCAUCAAUCUCCACACCUAAUUCGCAGCAACAAAGUGAAAUGUGUAUUGCCUAAAAUGUCAAACUAUUCGUAUAACCUAAAAGAUGGGUGGGUGACAUGGUCUCUUAAAAAACGUCGCUACAAUGCCCGUCGUGACAGCCCAAAUCCCAGUUGACACCUCGUAUCACAAUAUCAAUAUUGUAUUGAUACAUCUCCAGCUCCGCCCUCCAUUUAUAAAGUUUUUCAUGUGCAGCUAACCCAUAGAUGAAAUUGAAAGCUGUGUGUUGGCUUGAGCACCGCCAUCAUCAAUCCCACUAAAAUGGAAAGGCUUAUUUCUCAGGUCUGCCACUGGAACAUGGACUAAAGAAAGAGCCUUUGCAAAAGCACUCAAAUUGGAAUUGAUCCACUGGCCAACUGUGGAGGAGUCAUUCCUUUUGGAACUAUUGACUUAUUCCACUUACUGUGACGACUUUAUGACCACUAUAGCUGAUUUUAAGGGAACAGGAUUUUAGGAGCAAUUGCAAGCACUAAUGUGACUUCUCCAUUUCCCAGAGGUCUUAAUAAUGGAGUGACCUUGGUUUUCAGUGGCUACACAGUAUGUCCAACAUAAUUUAACACUGCAGGCCAAAAAUGCAAUGAACAUAAUUGAAUGAAUGAGUCUUUCGAGAGGCUGAAAUAACAAAUGCCCCUGUGUUUUGAACAUAUUCAAUACUGCCAGUCACUAAAUAUUUCAGCCACUUAAUGAUCACGUGUUGAAGAAUGGGCUUCAUAAUUAACCAGAGUUUACGAAACAUUACGUUUGGCUACUCUCUCUACAAAGAAAGUAGCCAAACAACUGAGUAUGUAACAAAGCAUAUACUGACUGAAAUGUGCGCAGUCAUCAUAGAGAGAUGGCAAUGGACCGACUGAGGAAAUAUUGCAAUGAUACAAACGAUAGCAUUUAAGCGCCUGUGUCCUUUUAUCAAGGACAACAGCACAAAGUUUGAACUUCCCAGCCAUUGGAUUUUUUGUGAUUUAUGUUAUUAUUAAUUCACAUUUUAGUAACUAUAUGCAAUAAAUGUCAUUUGAAGUCAAUUGCUGACCAUCAACAUACCAUGCUGAAUGCUCCAUACAUCAGCCAGCUGUUUCAGUUUCAGCCUGAAGAGAGAAAAGAGAAGGUGAAAAAUACGCUUGGAAAAAUAUCUGUGACACAUUUGACAGAAAUCAGUUACCUAACUGAACAGGCAUUAUAUGAAAUAUUUGGUGAUCUCCCUGACCAAAACACCUCUUAAUUAUUAUUAUUAUUUAAAUUUAAGCUCUGUGGCAGAAUUAAAGUAACUAACAUAAUUACGUAAAAUCAUAAACACGAGGCUACUACUGCUUUCUCAGGUUUAAAACAAAAUAAAUUUAGAAAAGCUGCUUGUUUUUAUAUCCCCCAUUACAAAAAAAACGUACAACACGUGGAACAACCUUAUUGCAUCAAUUUAUUAUUAGAGCACUAUGCAAACCCUCCUCGUGCCCAAACAUGCGUGCCGAUUUAACGUGCGCGCUGAUAUGCGUCGAACCCCGCCACUUUGAGGCCAAGUUACCGGGAGGCUUUUUACUGUUUGCACAACUGAAGCAACAAGAUCAACGUUAAAAAAAAAUGUCUCGAAUCUCAUUCGACUUUCAAAUAUAUAACAUAAAUUAAGUGCUAGGCCACGAACUACAUUUGAUGCAGAAAACAGUGAAAUAUGGUGCUAAAUAAACAGAUAACUCACCAGAUUGGUGCGGUCUGCAGAGUGGAAAAAGUUUGCUAAUCAGUUUCGUAGACUUGCUGCGUGCCACAGCGCGUUUCACCUCAAACGCCUUCACUAGCAAUCCCACGGCGACUUUCUGAGUGUAAAAUACCUGCUUUUAGCUACAACGUUCAAAUAUAACCAAGUCGUUAAGAGGCUGCAAACUUUUCUCCGUCAUCUGACGCGAGCGGAUCAAACAUGGCGGCCUGUUCCACAGGAUCGGCGAAGAAGAAGCACGUACGUACGCGUGUGACGUCCGAUGAUCGCAUUGAGUAAAAAUAAAUUGAAGUUGAGCACAGUAAAUUUAAAAUGACAACUCUAUGCACAGGACGAAGAAAGUUAGUCAUAUUUAACUUUUUUUUUUUUUUCCCAGAGAUCACAACCCACUGACUUUAUCAAACUUUCACUGUUUGGUUUUACAGUGUGGAAUUGCCUGGCCAGAUGAAGCAGUAUGGUGAAAGCUACAGUCCCAUUUUUUUUUAAAUCUCCCACUCUAAAUUCUGUUUAAUCAAGAGGGGGAGAUGUAGAUUUGGGGGGAGGUGGAUUACAGGAGGAUUUAGUUUAAGCCUUGAAAGAACUGAGAAUGGAUUGUACAAAAGGGGAUGCAGCUCAAUAUUAGCAGAGUGAUCAAAAGUCUGUGCUUGGUGUGUAUUACCAAUAAAUGAGUCACUCUGAUGUUAUACUGAAUAUGCCUGGGAAAAACAAGGAUCUAAGGUAAAAGCUCAUAGCAUUAGAUUUUACAGAUGGUGAUGUGGUUAAAACAUAGGGCGUAUGAUUAUAGCUAAAAUCAUCUCAAUAAUUAUAUAGCUCAUCCUGCAUCUCAGCCAUUUUUAGUUCAACUAAAGCCAGACAGAAAGCGCAUUAGUUUACAUGUCAAUAUUCCUGUACUGUGAAAACUAACAUCUCUGUUUAUUGUUUUGGACAAUUAAUUGUGUAGCCCUGGUUGUGUGUAGGAAAAGUUGUCUCUAUCAACUUAAGGGCUGAGGGAGAGCAGGUGAGCUAAUGAAUAAGAAAUGUGCAAAUGCUUUAUGACUUAACAAGGUCUGAACAUUCUCACUUUGAUCUGAGUUAAACUAAUGAGCCAGAUUUAUAUUCAUUUAUUACGUGCUUGAAAAAUGUCUUUUCAUUCCUCAAUUUAUUACAUGACAGCCUUAACAGUAACAGCAGUAAUUUGUAGGGUUUUUUUGUAUUGUUCGCUUAAAAUUCUGUGUAAUUCCUUCUUUAUAUUAUAAUACUGCCAUCUCAAAUUUACUUUCAGUACAUUAUGUACUAGUAAGUAGUGAUUCCUUAUAUUAAUCUUGUCUCUUGCGCAGUGUAAUUCAUGUAUAGUGCAAUGUAAAAAACAUACUGUAGUUAUUUUUGUUCCUCAAAAAGUGCAAUUCCUCCUCACUCUCUGUUCACUGUUGUCUCAGAAGCUAACUGUAUUUUUUAUUAUUGCUGAUCUGCAAUAAAACGGC